AUGGCAGCGGGCCCUGUCGCUGCUCAGCAAGAUGAAGGAGACGGAAGUAGAACCCGACGUCACGAGCUACUGCGCUUUGAUCAGCGCGUGCGGGAAAGGGGAGCAAUGGCAGCGGGCUUUGUAUCUGCUCAACGAGAUGCGGGAGGCGAAGGUGGCGCCCGACGUCGUAAGCUACAGCGCCGGGGUCAGCGCGUGCGAGGUGGGCAAACAAUGGCAGCAGGCUUUGGCGCUGAUCAGCGACAUGUCGCAGGCGACGUUGGAGCCGCACUCUGCUACAGCGCUGGGAUCAGCGCGUGCGAGAAAGGCGAGCAAUGGCAGUUGGCGCUGCUGCUUCUCAGCGAGAUGCUCGAGACGAAGAUGGAGCCCGACGUCAUACGUUACAGCGCUGGGAUCAGCGCGUGCGAGAAAGGAAGGCAGUGGCAGCUGGCCCUCUGGCUUGUCAGCGCGAUGCGGGAGGAGAGGCUGAGACCCGACGUCGUGGGCUACAAUGCAGGGAUCAGCGCGUGCGAGAAGGGCGAUCAGUGGCAGCGGGCCCUGUCGCUGCUCGGCGAGAUGCGGGAGCGGGUGUUGCAGCCCGACGUCGGCCUACAGCGCUGGGAUCAGCGCGUGCGAGAAGAGCGGGAAGUGGCAGCAGGCCUUGUCGCUGCUCAGCGAGAUGCGUAG